AUGAUCCGUGUUGAAGUCAAGUCACUCCCACCCACGCUCCCACGUUCACCAGAAAGUCUCAGUUCCAUGAAUACCAAGAUGUACGCAAUCGCGCUCUUCGACGUACGCCUACGCGUCAAGAUGUAUCUACCUCACUAUUCAGGGCUCGAACUCCGUCGCCGUGUCGUUUUGGACCUUGCCAAGGAUCGCUGCAACGCUGCCAGGAAUGGCAACGUAGUUCUACAAGUUUACUAUGAACUGGCGUAUGUUGUGAUUGCGCAGCUGGAAAAUGUGGAAGAGCACCAGAUUAAGGAAUUCCAAAAGGCUUGGGAGAGAGAGUUUCUUGGAUUGGAGAUCUACGGCACGUUGGGUCCGGAAGAAACAGCCACCCUUGGUCUAGAGUGCCAACGUUGGCGUAUGGAGGAAAUAAGCACAGCUUUCAGUCAAUCCAUCAUGCCAGGUGUAACUUGGUUGUGUUGA